AUGGCCAUGAACCAAAUGAUGGGCCAAAACAACGGUGGCGGAAACAUGAUGAUGGGCCAAAACGGCCAGAAUACAAGAGGCAGCUUCUCGAAUGGUGGCAAUAAUGCAAUGAUGAACAACAUGGGCGGAAACAUGAUGAUGAACAGCAACAAUGGAAACAUGGGUCAGAAUGCAAGAGGCAGCUUCAGGAGAAUGAACAGCGGUGGUGGCAUGAUGAUGGGAAACAACAAUGCCAACAUGAUGAUGAUGAACAACGGUGCCAACAUGAUGAUGAUGAACAACAACGGCCAAAACAUGAUGAACAGCGAUAACAUGAUGAACAACGGAAUGAACAUGAACCCCAACAACAUGAUGAACAAUGGAAUGAACAUGAACCCCAACAGCAUGAUGAACAACGGAAUGAACAUGAACCCCAACAACACGAUGAACAACGGAAUGAACAUGAACCCCAACAUGAUGAACAGGAAUGGCAACCAAGGCAAUGGCGCUAACGGGCAACGCUGGAACAAGAACCAAGUGGCCGAUGUUGUCCCGUGCGCGGCAAAUCUGACGGGGGCUAUCUUCGAUGACUUCUAA